UGUCUGUUCCACUUGAUUCCACACGAAUGAGCCCGACACCGACUAGCACCUAUGGCCCGCUUUGCCACGUUGAUCGCAGAACCUCCGCUCCGUCUGCGACCAGUCCUCGCGCCCAAUACAAGCGGGAAUCUCCUCCAGCCCGCAUUCGUUCCCUCGAUUCAAGCUCAAUCGGGCUUUUGCCUCUGGCCGAGUCUACAGGUCAACUUUGUUGUUCGGCUAUAACUUCUAACCACCGUGGCCGGUGGAUCUCCUUGCGAAUCCCACAUCCGUGCGCCAAAACUUCUUCUUCGGAUCUUGCUAAAAAAAAACCUCCUUACGCACGUCUGAGCUCAAGCAAGCUCCGCAAAACCGAGCCAGGCAGCAUUGCUCCAGUCCGCUUAUCUGGAGAACUUCGCAUGUACUCGAACUUAACCAUGACCGAACGGCCUCCCAUCUCGUGGCCAAACUAGCCCAACCGGCUCUGCCUUCUUUCCGCGACAAGGGUAUGCCCGCCUCGUCAAAUCCGGCGAACCUCGCCAAGAUCGCAUGCUUGCCUCUGCGUCAAGCUCCUAGCCCACUCGCUCAACCAGCGACCCCACUCGUCCUUCCGCCUGCUCACCUGCAAGCAAGG